UAAAUAAACUCAAAUCGGAUUCUACCGUCGGAGAAAUAACUCCAAUCAAUCCCCAAUUGGAAACCCUAACCAUCAAUUUCUCGAAAAAAUGAGCAGCAGCGACGAUGGCACCACCGUGGAGAUCACCCACAAAACCAUCGGCCCAUCUCGUCCCUCUCGAAUUCGAGUGGCGUCUCGUAUCAAAGUUCGUGAUUUGAGGAACGCGAUUGCGGAAAAGGGUCGGUUUCCAGUGGCGAAUUUGAGGAUGAUUCUCCGUGGGAAGGCAUUGCAAGACGAGGAAGAUGGAGAGGAUGUAUACGUCACGCUCAAGGACGAAGAUUCGUUGACCGUUGCUGUCAUUCCAAAAAGACCAGUUGGAGUUGAGACAUAUGAUGAUGAUGAUGAUGACGAGGAAUUGAAGUUUAAGCUCCCACCAUCAGCAAGCAGGGGGAAGAGGAAGCUUUACUACUUUCUUCGCAACAAGCUGAAGCUUCCCGAUAUCAUUCUGAUGGGACUCUUCUCUUUAAGUCUAAAGAUGUGGGCUAUUAUCACCUUGUGGUUUAUCUUGGCUCCUAUUGCCCAUCGUUGGGAACUAGGCCCUAUCUUUUUACUAGGGACUGGCUUCUCAAUCAUCUUACUCAACCUUGGUAAACGACAACCCGGUGAUGUCAGUGCAUAUUCCAUAUUCAACGAGGACUUUAGAGAGCUUCCAGGUACAUAUAAUGCAGAGCGUAUAGACCGUGACAUACGAGCAGGCCAUAUAUGAUGCAAGAUUGCACAUUGGCAUGACUAAGAUUAACAUCAACGGUGGAACAGAACUUAAUAGCCAGUAUGCAACCAAAAGAAAAAGAUCAGAUGUUUUUGUCCCAUCAGAUUGAGACAACACAAAGCAUGACAGUACUUGUACAUGAGAUCUAAUUUUGAUAUUGCAACAUUAUAUAUUUUUAAAAAUAUGUAUGAUAUCAUACUUUCUGUCAUAUUAUGAUUAUUAUGUGUGGGAAAA